AUGCCUAUUGGACAAGUCAGUGAUGAAGAAGAAUGGAAGAGAAAAGAAGAAAAGGAGAGAAAGCUAGCAGACCGACGAAAAAGGCUUCGAACCUUACUUCUCAAUGAUGAAAAGAGAUAUGAGGAAGAGAGAUACCAACGAUAUCAAGAAGCAAGGGGUUGCGUCAUUCAUCACCAGUAUGUUUAUCCAGAGGUUGAUAUGUUGAAAUGCCGUUUAGAAGAUUUAAAAAGGAAAAAUCAAGAAGAAAGAAGGAAGAUGGCAGAGGUCCUCUCAUACGAAGCUUGGCGGAAAAGUAGUCCACAAGUCAGGCAGGUACUGUUGGUCAUUUUUUCAACUCGAGAAUUUUACUACGCCAGAGAAUUUGAGCAUGCGCAGAAAGUACAGGAACUACUUGACUGGUGUAUUGAUACCCAAGUUACACUGUCCAAGAGUGCUCUUUCGGAUUCGGCCUCGGAAAUCGCCAAUCUGAAAGCUACAAUUAGAGACAUGAAGUCCAAGAUGGUUAACAUCCAAGACAAAGGAAACAAAUCUGAUACACAGUUAACCCAUAUCAGGCAAGGUCCAAAAAGAAAUAGAAACUAUCGUCUUAACCCAACACUGGUGCAUUUUGAUAAUCUUUUUGGACCAGAUAACUGGUUGAGGUUUCUAGCACUUGAAGUUGAAAAUAAAAUAUCAACAGCAAUACUAGAAAACAAGUUAUUGAACAUAUGUCCAACACAAGAAAUGGAAUGCCGAUAUAUUAAAGAAAAUGAAUGGUUACUUCAGAAUGAGAGAGGUGUUUCACCAUCUUCCCACUACAGACGUGACUCUCCCCUUCACGUACAUGGACGUGUUCCAGUUCGUGAUGAUCUUCCCUCUCAUCAGAGUUAUCAGACUAGUUCUUUUUCUCCUCAGCCUGUUCGAGUUCAUUGCAAUGAUGAGAAGGCCCCGAUUAAGAGGUUGAAGGCGAACAUGGCCAUGGAUGUGAUUCGUUGCAUGGCCAUGGAACGAGAGAAGAGAGACGACAGACUACAGCUUGAAGAAAUGGCGUUAGAGAGAGAAAGGCUACGCCUCCAUGAGAUAUUUCAGAGGAGGGUAAGAAUGAAGGAGCUAAGACAAAGGAAAGAGCUCGAGUUAUUCUGGGCUCGUCAGUAUCAGCUGAAGCUCAAGAAGAAGGCUGCAGAUAUUCAGCAGGAGCUGCUGGAAGAUCAGGGCAUUGUGGAGGAUUUACUGAGAGGUCUCAAUUCAGAAUCUCAGGAUGAACAGAUGAAACAACGUAUAGCUGAAACGGAGUGGAUGAGGAAGGUCUUAGAGGAACAGCGCAGUCUUGAAACCAUGCGGGAAAAGGAGUAUGACCUUCUUUUCAGUGAAGAAGCUGAACGGCUAUGGCAUCGUCGGAAGGCAGAUUGGGAGAAAGAGCAGCACGCCCGCGACAAAUUGAUGACUGAUGUACUCAAGGGGUUGCAGUAUCAGGUACAAGAAAACUUGUCGAAGAACGAACACGAUCGCACGCUGCUCAGAGCUGAAAAGGACGAACUUGAACGUGUAAUGUUGGGGAUUCGGGAGCAAAUGCAGCAAGAAGAACAAGAUGCUGAGAAGAGAAGAAAACAAACUAGUCAAAAGUCAGAUUCCCAGGUUUCUUCAAGAGUCUUGCAUGAAAUUACCACGCUCCAGAGAGAUCGUGAAGAAGAGGAACGUAAACUUAAAGAACAUCGCGAGGAAAUUGCACGGCUAGAGCAACAAAUGCAACAGUUAUGGGGUCCACAAUAUGCACCUCCUCGUUUCGGAAGAAAGAGGUUUUUAUGGUGAGAGACUAAUGCAAAAUAUCCUUAAGGGACCACACAGCAGCUUUACUUUUAUAUUGGGUUAUAAAUAUAUAUUUAUCUGUCUGUACCUAUAAUGUGCAGUGUCCACUUCUAUGUAUUUUACUGUACGCCUUGCCAUGUAUAUUAUAAUAACAAAGUGCUGUAUUC